GCGGCUGCUUGUCGGCAGACGGCAGGGGGACCACUGCAUAUGGAGCAAGGAAGGAACCUCGGAGGCGAUUAAAAGCUUCUCGUAGCAUGGCUUGGAAAAAGCUGAUUCUUGUCGGACCGAUGGAAGUGAAUGCCCGGACGGCCGGCUCCAAUGGCCUUACCGAGAUGUGCGGGGUGAUUCCCGAGAUUAACAGUGGGUACACGAGCGGCAAGUCGGGAUGGGGUAUUCUGGGUAAGGAGGAAAGGGCGAAUGCCUUGCCGAUACCUGGGUACCGCGCUCGUGACGGUUCAGCUGUGCUUGAGGCGCAAGUGUCCAGACCCGCCCUCCCGCCCCAAGAGGCCGUGGUUCCGGCAGCUGUAGCAAACCGGGGGUUUGGCAGGAGGGACCCGGGCAACGAACAAUGCAAGUAUUGCACCAUGAUCGGGCAUUUCGUACAGGCCUGCCCGAGACUCAAUCACGAUAUCGAGCGGCAGAGGUGCAGCAGGUCCCUCAAAGGCGAGAUCCGCGGACCCAGGGGGCAGCGUGUUAAUUGGAACUCGCCAGGAGGGAUGCGGCGAGCCGUCAUCCUCCUGAAUAACUUAGAGAUAGCUGCCGUAGAAGCAGAGCCGAUAGCCGAGAUUGUCUGGGACCAGCCAAGGGGACGGGGACCACAGACCAAUUUUAUCCUAGAAGGCAAUGGCCAGGAUAGGGUAAAUAUUACCACUCGCCUGGCCGGGGCRGAAAAGAAGCUCAUCCAAGAUACAGUAAUGGAGGAACUCACAGGGACUAGCAUGGGCCAGCAAGAGACCGAAGCCGCGAAACAAGAGAAGGUCUAUGGGAAGCCAAGGGAGGACGAACCGGUAGACAAGGCUACGACCACAAAAAGGAAGUUCAGGUAUCAAAUUCCGAUCCUGACUUCGCCAGAAAUCGAUGGCACCUUGAAGGUAGAGGAAGCCCCGGAACUGCAAGAGCAGGACACGGAGGAGGCCGAGGCACCGCAAGGAGUCUCCAACCUCCAAAGCAUUCCAGGGAGCCUGAGAGAGUUGGAGAAAGCCUUUGCGGACAUCUGCCUAAGCCUACCGGAUCGUGAAGGUGGCGAAGUCAUGAGGGCGCCACCCGGGACAAAGCUUAACUUUCAUGCAUUACCAGUUGGGAAACUUAAAGUUCAAAUUGGAACUCACCACACUGAUGCGUUAGUGGACGGCGGAGCAGAAAUCACCCUUAUACGACGGGAUUUCGCAACGGUCACGGGGUGCACGGUAAACAAAGAAGUAGCAGGGAGUAUCCGGGAAGCAGGUGGCGAAAUUCCUUUCACAGGGUAUGUCACCAAAUGUGUAGUCAGAACGGGAAUCCGGGAAUCCAUCUGGUCCUUUGAGCGGAUGACCGUAAUGGAAGAAAUGGAUCACGACGUAAUCCUCGGGAGACCAUGGUGCGCCAAUGUGGAAAUGAUAGGAAUGCAUCUGCACGACGGCACAUACAUGGUAGAUAUAGAGGAUCCGGUGAUUGGUCGUGGAGAACUCCUCCGACUCCUCGGAACUGGAGGGGACCCUCCGAAGGGCAAACUGGCAACUUGGUCCCCAACAUUCGAAGAAAGUGCACGGAAGGGGCCAUUCGCACGAAUGGAAGGAAUGAGGGAAAGGGUAGAAAUUAUGAUUGAGGAGGCUUUUAGUAAAAGGGAGUGGAUCAAGAUGGGCUUGCCCGUAAAGAAGAGGAGGCCAGAAGACGAGUUCCUGGAAGUUAUGGUGGCAGAAAAAAAGUCGGAAGUCGAACUUGGGGCCAGCCUGCUCAAACCAAAGGAAGCCCGAAACGAAACGUCGGAGGUAGUGCUUGGAAUCCCAGAUUUAUUGCAACUUGUUAAGGCCAUCAGGUACCACAAAGUGGGGGUGGACCUCGCAGCGCUUGCCAGAUUUGAGGAUGGGGUUCGAAAGAGCUACUGUCUGAAUGAGAAGCUAGUCAGCAUCCAGCCCCGCGUCUUAGAGGCAUACCUGUUCGGGAGGCGAUUUAUCCUAAGGAUCGAUCCCACCAACGUUGCCGGAGCCCUAAAGAACUAUAAGCCCAUAAACCCGACUGUCGGCAGAUGGAUAGGCUUCAUAUGGCAAUUCGACUAUAAGGUCGAGCGAAUUGCAGGGCUUCGAAAUAGGGCAGAUGGGUUGAGUAGGGUUUGUAUCACGCCAGAAGGAGUAGAGGACGCAGAACCAAUUGACGCCUUCCUGGAGUACGAAGGAGGGACCCUUGUCGUGGAUAAUGAGAUGGCAAAUCCGGCAAUUGCAACAUGUCAGUUGUUGAUUCAGACCUUGGAAAAGGGCGCACCUGCAGUGGUUGCAGAACUCAGGGAAGGACCAGUCACCACAGUCAGGCGCAAAGAGGAAAAUGACUUGUGGGGAGCAGAAGUAGGGGCCAGAGAGGAACUGAUGGCAAUGACCGUGGAGGGGGGACGGGACGCCGUGAUGACGUUGGCCGAAGCCUGGGCGCAGAAGGAGUGUCAGUAUCUAGUCAACCUCACUCGGGAGGAGCAGAGUACGGAUCAGAAGGAACAUGAAUUCUUCCUCAUAUAGAUGUACGAGGGCGUCUUCAAAUAAAUCGGUCUGCUACUUGUAUGGAAUAAAAAACCCACGGAAGU